AUGGCCUCGAACGUGCUCCCGCUCUUUUGGCCACUCGCAAACUCCGCAAAAGAGACGCGUCUCGACGCAUCCGCAAGCCUCGUCAACUCCCUCCAAUCCUUCCAACAGUCUUACGCCGGCCCCUCGAAGGCCGCCAACGAGGCGCAGGAUGACGAGGAGCAAGAGGAUCAGGACAGCCAGAGUGAUGACGGCGACGAGUCAGGGAUGGAGGUUGAUGCUAGCGACGGUGAAGGGGAAGACGGUGGCAUGAACGUGCAGGCUGUCAAGCUUGACCGUCAGAUGAGCAGGAACAAUGCCGAGGAUGUCGUUUACUCGGUGAAGCGAUUGGUGAGGGGUUUGGGCUCUUCACGAGAGAGCAGUCGACUGGGUUUCGCCGUCGCACUUACAGAGCUCAUGUCUCGUAUACCAACCAUCACUGCCCCUCAAGUGUUUUCUCUGGUCAUCAGGAACUCGCAAUACAGCAAGAACAUGAAGGGAUCUGACGAGCGGGACAUGAUGUUUGCUCGUCUCUUUGGUAUGACAGCGAUCGUCCAGUCUGGAGCCCUUUUCACCGCUGGGGCCAAGGCAGAAGACUUUGAAGGCGUUGUGCAGCAACUAGUCGCCCUGGGGAACGCAAAGGCAUGGAUGAGAGAGAGCUCCUGGUGGACGGUGGUGCAGGCGACCCAAGCUUUGGUUGGCAGCCAAGUCGCUUGGAAAGAGGACGCUUUGAAAUCAGUGUUGACAUCUGCUUUUGAGGAGAAGGGUUGGACUCAGGAGAAGGUCGCCUUGGUUUUGGUUCUGGAACAAACUGAUCUUGAUAUCGAGUGGAAGCAGUACCUUGCGCCAACUUUCAAGUACACCCCUCUCCUCGACAGCCACAACCUGGUCACCCUGGGACGCGUGCUCAAGGAAACCACUGGAGACGAGGAGGAUGGUGUUUCUGCAUCUACGACAGGCUCCUGGAAACCACAGCUCCACUUUGUCUGGAACAUUAUCCUCGAACGCUACUUUCCCAAUUCUGAACCUUCCACUUCCGAAAUCGACGCCCCGUUCCAAGAUUUCUUCCGGGUCGUUGUCGACGAGUCUCUCUUCUCCAACACGGCCUCUCCUCAACGCCGAUUCUGGGGUUUCCAAGUCUUUGAAAGGGCUUUCCCUAUCCUUCCCGAGUCUCAGAUGCCCCUCAUAUUCACCCCCAACUUUAUGCGUUGCUGGGUCAACAACCUCUCUUCUCCCGACAGGUACCUUCACAAGGCCGCUCAACAGAUCGCCAAGCGAGUCCAGGAGGUCAUCAAGGGGAAUCCAAAGGUCGGGUUCACGUUGCUAUCCCAAUUGGUUGGAAAGCACGGAAGAACAGAUUUCGAUAAGGUCACCAAAACCAAGACUGUAGAGUCCAUCAUGGGCAACCUGAAUGAGGAAGGUGCUAGGGACUUUGUCGACUAUUUGAAGGACAUCAUUAUGGGUACUUCUCAGGACAACUUGGAUGCUGCUAGAUUAGACGAACGCCGCCUUUGGGCUCUCGAGCAGAUACAUGCCCUCUGCAGGAACGGUAAUGUGCCGAAAGAGGAUGCUUGGAUCGCUCCUUUGCUCGAGUUCAUGAUUGUCCACGGCUUUUUCAUCAUUCGUAAUGUCAACAAGAAGAGCUCCAUCUCCGCUGUGCACACCGUUCCCAGGCCGCCUCUUUCAGAAGUCACCGCUGCUGCGUGUCGCGCCAAGUUCUUUGCCUGUAUAGUUGAAUUGACUAUCGCUGCUGUCCCUCGGAGAUCCUCAGAGGACACCACCGUGCCCCGCCAACAGGGUUGUGAUGCUUCUGGGAAGCUCUGGAUUCGACGAGUUGUUGACACCAUCGCCGUUCUGGAGAAAGACAAGAAGCAUGUCGAGGUUCUGACCGAUGCCGAUGAUGAAAUCAGGGAAAUCAGGAAAGAGGCCUUCAAGAAUCUUGCCGUUUUGGCCAACACUACAAAGGACCAGCAGGAGGUCGCCAAAGCCUUCGAAAUCCUCAUCUCCUUCUUCAUCCUUCAGACCUAUGACGAAGUGUCCGACUCCAUUGAGAAUGUUGAAGAGAUCAACACGGCCGUCCAAACGUACCUCGGCAAGUCUCAUGAAGAGGUCGCCGCUGUUGACAUCUUGUUGGACGUCCUAAUCGGGCUGCUGGAUAAGGGCUCGAGCGAUCUGAGGAACUUGGCCAACCUGGUGUUCGGCAUGGUGUCCUCGGAAUUGACCAAGUCGAGUCUGGAACACUUGGCUGCCCAACUCGAACAGUCUGCUGCGGAAGCUGCUGCUGAUGGUCAUUCGGACGAGGAAGCCGAAGAUGACGAGGGCUCUUCUGACGAAGCCGAGGACAACGAGUCCGAGUCUGACGAAGAUGACGCCGAAGUGGACGACGAAGAGAUGGGUGAUGUCGACCCCGAAUUCCGAAAGCGAGUCGCCGAGGCCCUUCAAGUGUCUGGCAUGGGUGGCGACGGCGAAGAGGAUGGCAAAUUGGAGGCUGAUUCUGAGGAUGACGAGGUCUGGGACGAUGAGCAGAUGAUAAAGGUAGAUGAGCAAUUGGCGAAAGUGUUCAAGGAGAGAGCCACGGCCUCCUCCAAGAAUGAUAAGAAGCAGAAUUUGACCGAGUCCAUCCAUUUCAAGAACAGGGUUCUCGAUUUCUAUGACACUUACGCCAAGCGUCAAUCCACCAACCCUCUCAUCUUGCAGGUGGUCUUAACACUUCUCAAGCUCAUCAGAGAGGGCGGAGUCUCUGAGGCUGAAGUCGCCAACAAGGCUGCUGGAAUCCUUCGAGGCAAGUUCAACAAGCCGAAAGACAUUCCCUCCACGGCCGACAUCUCAACGGCGACCACUAUCCUCAACGACAUACACGCAAUGGCUCAAAAGGCCCACUCUGCCGAGUUUUCCAACCUGUGCAGUCUGGCAUCAUUGUUUGUCGCUCGAGUUGUCGACGCCUCCACUUCCGGCUCAAAGUCUUCGCCUGUGGUUGAUGCCUACAGAUCAACUCUUAAAGACUUUGUCACCCGCAAAGCUUCUCUUGUCCAUCCCCCAUUCAUACUCGAUUUCAUCAAGAGAUUCCCACUCCAAGGCUUCGCACUCUCCCCCGACCUUAUCUCUUUCGUCGCUCCCGGUGUUGCCGUGAACUCUUUCCGACAAGUCCAGGUCUACAGUGCUUUGCAGACCCUUGCUCAGCACCUACCCGUCAUCUCCAAGACCGUGCCCGCAUCUGACGUGGCGACUUUCGUCAACGAUGCCAGUAGUAGAGUCUUCACCACUCUUGAAGCUGCCUCCACUGCCGACUCUGACUCCAAGGAGUCCCUCAACGCGCAGAGGCUCAAAGACGUCGUGAAGUUUGCCCUCCAGCUUGCGAGAAAUAGCAAAAUCGUGGGAGUACAGUGGGAUGUGAAGCGAGUUGAGGCAGUUGGCUCGCAGUUGAAGAGCGGGGAUAGGACAAAGGAGAUGAAGGGGGUGCACAACAUGUGGGGACAACUAGAAGGCAUACUUGGUAAUAAGAAGGCGGAGAAGAGCAAGUCGAAGCCUAAACACUCUGAGGGCGACGAGAUGGACGUCGACUCGGAACGGAAAGUAGCGGAGACCAGCAACGGCAAGGCCAAGAAGUCCAAGAGAUCUUCCGAUGCUGCUGCUGAGGAUGACAAGCCAAAGAAGAGAAAGGCAGAGGAAGGGGCCGAGAAGAAGAAGAAGUCAAAACCCAAGGCCUCCUCAUCAUGA